AUGAAAAUAAUGCCACAAAGAAGUGAAGAGUCGAGUAGUUGACACGGAUGGAUUCGUGGUGAACAUCCUACUAAAUAACAGGCCACACGCGUGAAGAAACCGGCUUUUUCUUCCCAUAUAAAUGUAUUAUUCGUGAUAGAUAUGACGGAAAUGUUUUCAACUCUGUACGGGCAAAAUGAAGCUCAGGGACCGCCCGGCUCGUCGUCUCUGGGGUUUGGACCGGGGAAACCUCCGCCGCCUCUGCCGCAGAAUCAAGUCUCCAUGGCGGGGCAGAUGCCACCGCAGCUCGGGGAUGAAGGGCCUCCUUUGCGGAAGCCCGGAGCCAUGAAUGAACCUUUCUACUUACUACGGGAGCUUCCUGUGGGAAACGAAUUAACUGGCAACACCAACCUCAUCACACACUACAACCUGGAGCACGCCUACAACAAAUUCUGUGGGAAGAAGGUGAAGGAGAAACUCAGCAACUUUCUGCCAGAGUUACCAGGUAUGAUCGACUGUCCAGGCACUCAAGAUGGUAGCUCGUUGCGCUCUCUGAUUGAUAAGCCUCCAGUGUGUGGCAACUCCUUCAGCCCGUUGACGGGCGCUCUGCUCACAGGCUUCAGACUACACACAGGACCGCUACCAGAACAGUACAGACUGAUGCACAUACAGCCUCCAAAGAAGAAGAGCAAACACAAGCACAAACACCAUCGACCACAGGACCCUUUACCACAAGAAACUCCAUCAGACACUGAUCCCAAGAAGAAGAAAAAGAAGAGGGAUGACGAUCCUGACCGCAAGAAAAAGAAGAAAGACAAGAAAAAGAAGAAGAACCGCCACAGUCCUGACCACCCCGGCCUCGCUGGAUCACAACCCAACAGCAACAGCCUCAGAUAGACAGGAGCCCACUGUGUGCACGCCUGUGUUUGAAUGUGUGUGUGCAAUUUUGUAAGAGGAUGCAUGUGUGUGUGUGUGUUUUACAGAUAAUUGUAUUAUUGGGAGUAUGUUUAAUGAAAGAGGGUAUGAAUCAAAGAAUGCAAAUGGUUGUAUGAUGAUGUGUGUGAGUGAACGGAGCAGCGACUCAGUGGAUGUGUGUGAUGAUGGAAAGAUGUUACAGAACAGUGUAAAAGGCAGAAGGCCGCUGGUGAGCUGUGUGUUUAUGGAUGACUGAGCAGGCACUGUAUGUAUGUCCCUCUUUGAUUUUGUUGGGAUAUCUUUUGACCAUAAUGCCAAAAUCAAAUAAACUUUGGUUAUUAUA